CCCACCCCCACCCCACAGACAGACACACAUGCACACCCCAGACCAGCUUUCCGGCUCUGCGGGCUCUGAGUCAGUUUAUUUGUGUUGUCUGUUGAUACUCUGCAGCUUAACAAGCCCAAGAGGGUUAAGGGUGCGUUGAAAGCCGUGGCUGCAAAGCCAAAGCCCCCCUGAGCCUGGGAUUUAGAAGGCUCCUUGGCAAGCCAACUGGAUGAAGUUGGAUGGCACUUGGGAACCACAUGGACUGAUUCGUUCCCAGAAAGGGGGGGAUGUAAGGCCCCCACCUGGAAUUGCUCAUGCUGGGAUCUCUUUGGACUCCUGCGCUGGGAGAUGAUCAGCACAGAGCGCUGUAGGCUGCUGCCAGCAGAGAGCAAGGCAUGAAACGGAGCCCGGCAUCGGGCGUCGUGCCUGUGGGUAUCAUGCCCACUGGGCACUGGGCACACUAGAGCGGGAACUCGAGAGCACUGCACGUGAUCGCCUGGCUCAGUGAAUGUGAGUGUUUCUGCGUGAGAAGGAGCACACCCAGCGGAGAGCCCUCCUGGCCGGAGAGCCAGGGGCAGACUGAUGCCUCUCUGGAGUUUCGGAGGCCGGGGGCUGAAGAGGAAAAAAGGGAAGCGGAAGCUCGCGGGGGCAAGCCAGCCAGACCCCAUGCUGGCGGUACUUGUCUUGGCUCUCCUGUCUGUCCUGGCAGAGGGGGCCAGCCUCCAGCCAAUCAGAAUGAGCCACCUGGGGGUAUGCCCCAACCAGCUGAACCCCAACCUGUGGGUGGAUGCCCAGAGCACCUGCGAGCGGGAGUGCCACACGGACCAGGACUGUGAAGGCUUUGAGAAGUGCUGCACCAAUGUCUGCGGGUUGCGGAGCUGUGUGGCAGCCCGCUAUGCUGACGGGAGCCUCUCCUCCCUGGAGCUGGCACAGGAGGCCACAUGUGAGAGCUUUGUGUGCACCCAGCAGGGCUCAGACUGCGACAUCUGGGAUGGGCAGCCCAUCUGCAAAUGCAAGGAUCGCUGUGAGAAGGAGCCCAAUUUCACUUGCGCCUCAGAUGGGCUCACCUACUACAACAAGUGCUACAUGGAUGCUGAGGCCUGCAUCCGGGGCAUCAGCCUCACCGUGGUGCCUUGCAAGUACAUCUUCACUUGGCCCAACACCAGCCCAGUGCCCCUAGAGACCACAGCCCGGCCCACCCCCGGGGCUGCUGCCGAGGUACCCAUCCCACCUGCCCUCUACAACAACCCCUUCCACCAGUCGGUCUACGUGGGUGGCACUGUGAGCUUCCACUGUGAUGUGAGCGGCCGGCCCCGGCCAGACAUCACCUGGGAGAAGCAGAGUGACCACCAGGAAAACUUCAUCAUGCGGCCUGACCAGAUGUAUGGCAAUGUGGUGGUCACCAACAUCGGCCAAUUGGUCAUCUACAAUGCUCAAUAUGAGGAUGCUGGCAUCUACACCUGCACAGCCAGGAACUCCGCUGGGCUUCUCCGUGCCGACUUCCCCCUCUCUGUCAUCAAGAGGGAGCACUCCAGUGGGGAGCCUCGCACCCCCAGCACCCAGCAAUUCCCCAACACUGAGUGCCUGAAGGAGCCGGACAAGCAGGACUGUGAGGCCCGGCAGGUGCGCUGGCACUUCGACCCCAAGAAGGGCUCCUGCAUCACCUUCCGCUAUGGUGGCUGUGGUGCCAACCAGAACCACUUUGAGACCUACGAGGAGUGUCGCUCAGCCUGCGUGAGCAGUGCCGUCAACAUGUGUCUGCUCCCUAUGGUGCAGGGCCCCUGCAAAAACUGGGAAGCUCGUUGGGCCUACAACCACCUCAUGAAGCAGUGCCACUCCUUUGUCUAUGGUGGUUGUGAGGGCAAUGACAACAACUUUGAGAGCAAGGAGAGCUGCGAGGAUGUCUGCCCCUUCCCAAAGACCCUCCAGUGCAAGGCCUGCCGCCUGAAGAGCAAGAUGGUGCUGAGCCUCUGCCGCAGUGACUUUGCCAUCGUAGGCCGCCUCAUGGAAAUCAUUGAGGACCAGGACUCUGGCAUUGCCCGCUUCGCCCUGGAGGAUAUCCUCAAGGAUGAGAAGAUGGGCCUCAAGUUCUUCAACAUCAAGUACCUGGAAGUGACCUUGACUGACAUGGACUGGAGUUGCCCUUGCCCCAACAUGACCACAGAGGACGGGCCCCUCAUCAUCAUGGGAGAGGUUCAUGAUGGGAUGGCUGUGCUGGACCCCAACAGCUAUGUCCGGGCCGCCAACGACAAACGAGUGAAGAAGAUCUAUGAGUUGAUCGAGAAGAAAACUUGUGAGCUGCUUAACAGGUUCCAGGACUAGCCUAGCAGUGUUCCCUCAGCAGGUGCAGCCAGGGGGGCACCUCUGUACAGGGCAUCCAGCCAAAUAGACAACCCAGCCUUCAUCUCUCCAAGUAGCCAGUUACAAGCCAGCCCUGGGAUCAUGGAGUGAACUCUGGUUAGCUGCCUGUUUCCAGCAUCCCAAGCCCCUCAGAGCGGUCUAUCCCAAACCCAGAGACCUCAGGCCACCAUGAUGGACCAGUAGUUUAUUUGGUUGGUUGGGUUGGGUUUUUUUUGUUCCCACUUUGUUCCAUGGUGAUGAUGAGCUCAGUAACUACCUGUGUCUGACUGUAAUUUAUGUGUCCGUAUGUCUUGUCCAUGUAACUUGUCAAGUCCUGACUCUGAAUAAAAAACAUUAUCCUUA